AAAAGAGACAAAACAGAAAUAGAAAGUUUAAUUUAUAAAAUACGAUAUAAAAAUAUUGAUUUCGUAGAAAUAUAUUCGAAACAAAUAUUCGAAGGAAGAGAUAAGAGAGAGAUUUAUGUUAAUGAAUGUAUGCAUGCAAUUGUAAUCAAUUUAGAUAUGUUACCCCGGGAACAGAGGGUAUAUAUUCAAGGAACGACGCUCGAAAUACUACUACUUUUAUCCGGGCACCGGGCACAGUGCCCACAAGUAAGCUCUGUCUUUUCGACAAUGCACGUACCUUGCGAGAUUUCGGCCAUUGUAACUCGAUUUAUCCUCAUUUUCGCUUUCUUAUUUUUACAAAGUCGAUUAUACAUUUUUCUUCAUUUUUGUUUAGUUACAUUCUAGAUAAUACUUUAAAUAAGUUCGGACAAUUACUCUCAUUCGUAAUCGAAUCAAAGUUCAUGUAAGAAAUAUAAGAUAUUUAGUAUUGUUAUUUAAUUAAUAAUUGCUGUGAUAUCAAGAUUAAGUGUAACGUAAUUGCAAGAUGGGGCGCAAAAAGCAUCAUCGAAGCAAAGGAAAUAAUUUAUCGUUGAGGAGAUCGAGAUGCGAUAAUCUCGAUUGCGUCGACGAUGGAGAGAAAGCGAUGGAUAAAGAGAAGGAGAGGGAGAAAAGAAAGGGGGAGAAAGAUGGAAGAAGCGAAGGGGAUAAAUUUUCUACGAGAGAAAAGAGAGGAGAAGAGGCUGCGUCAAACGUCCCGAUCGACGCACGUUCCCGAUCGACGAGGGAAUUUUUACGCGACGAUGAUUGGCGGGAAUCAUCGAGCGAGGAAGAGGAGGAGAGAGUCGAGUUGAACGUAAGACCGCGAUUCGUGUUCGUAUCGAGCCUAUGCUCGAUGUGUAUGCAGAGAUCGAAAUUAUUUUGCGAGCGUUGCCGAAUGGUAUCUUAUUGCUCGACCGCGCAUCGAGCGCAGGGAUCCACGAAGCAUCGCGAGUUGUGCGAACCGUUGAACGAGAUUCGCUCGUCGAUGGAAUCGACGCUCUUCCCCGAUAAGUCGCUCGAUCCGGAACAGUAUCGCGUUUACCGAUUGAAAUUGAUCGCGUCUCUCGAAUCGAGGAUCGGAAGAUCGUUGGAACUUUGGGAGAGAGAGAUUAUCCUGUAUCCGAGAGUUUGUCGGAGUUGUCGUUGUUUCAGCGAGAAAUCGAUCUGUUGCCCCCGUUGCGGGAUGGAAUAUUUUUGCGAGGAACACGGCGGGGAACACGAAAAUUGGUGCGCGCAGUUUCAAAUUUUGCGUAGAGUUUUGCUUCUUCAGCACAGACACGGUUGGAUCGAACCGAAAAUUCCCAACGAAUUUCGCCAAAUAUCCGUUACGCGAUCCGAUCUCGAUCUCGACCGUCUAUUAUUCGAGAUAUACGGCAAUUGCCCGUAUUAUCGAAAUAUGGAUACUUACACGUACUCGACGUUAUCCCAAUUGUGCACGAUUCCAUUGACAGCUCUUUAUUCCACGCAAAUUUGUCGUCCCGAAUGGGGGGAUAGAAUCGAAUGGACGAUUCAUCUGGUUGGCGCUGAAUUUCAAUUCGAAGGUAUAAAUCUACGGGUUUGGGAGAAAUUGUUCCUUCAUUUUUCACCAAAUUUAAAGAAGCUCCGUUUGGUAUUGAUCGGGCCAGAAUUGCGAUUGCCGAGCGGCGUGCCACCGAGGCUUUUAUCGACGGUUCGAUUGUGCAAAGAAUGCAAAUCUGCCGGCAGAGGCGUUAUCGUUACGUUUAGACCCGAGAUGCUUUAUCACGACGCGGCGGAACGUCUCGCCGCGCCCGAUCUAAUUUGUAUUUACAAUCCUGGCCUUUACCGAAAGACCGGGUUCGGGGGGAGAGACAGCUGGCACGAAACGAUACGCGAGUUUUGCGAAGCGUCGGUCCCCGUUGCCGUCACCUCUUACACAAAGCGCGAGAUCCUGUGGGAGAUAGCUCGUAUAAAUUCCGUCGCGGAUGUAGAAAUCGUUUUACAACCGCGUCAGAAUCCAUUUGCAUCGGUGAAACCGGAUCGAAACUUUGUCAGCGACGAUACCGAUCCUCUUAUCUACAAGAAUUACUAUCUCACCGUCGUAAAAGGUAAAUCGAAUUUAUCGAGCAACGACCACCACUCGUAGCGUCGUCGAAAGCAUCGAGGCCACAUCUCUGAAAAAUUCUUUAUUUUUCCAUUCUUUAUUUCGAACGAGACAUCGUCGCGACUUUCUUCGACGAAUGUCGCGAAUUCAUUUCCAUUUCCACUCUCUAUGUAAUACGUUCGAUACGAUUCGAGGAUUCGUUGCUACUAUUAUUCUCUUAUCGGUUUAUCGCGCCGUUGUCGUCAAUGUUCGACGCUCUGUCUCCUCGAAUUUUCCUACAGUAGGCGAGAAUUACUACACAGUAGUAGUUGCAACGUGCGAAAAGACCGAUUAUAAUUACGUAUAAACCAGUUGUUGUUUGGAUAAGAUACACACGAAUCGCAAGAGCGAGUAUUAAAUUACAAUUAGGGAUUAUACAGUUAUUACGAGCUAGUUUGCGUAUACAUAUCUAUAUCACAGACGAAACUGCAUUAAUCGGAUUAUGUGUUCCGAUUCGAAUGAUGGAACGUAACAUUGUAAACGCAUUAUAUCUAGAUACUUGCGCAGCUUAUGCACGUACGUAUACCGAUGCAAAAUCAUCAUAUCGUUAUAUUCGACUACAAUAAACUCGAAAUAUACGUACAAUAAAUACACGUAUAGCAAUAAUACGUAUGAUAAAUUGCACCUAACGUUAAAAUAUAAUUCGAAACGUGAAAAUUAUGUACAUGAUUAAGAUGUAUCGUCCAUCGCGUUUCAGAUCAUAACGUACGAUUAAUUACUUAAUGUACUCACAUGUCUCUUGUUUUUUGUACUGUUUUUAAAAUAAAAAGAAACGAAAGGGGAUAGAAAAUAGAAGAAGAAAAAGAAGAAGAAAGAGGCGAAAAGCGAAAUAGAAAGACUCGAGCAAUUUAACAUUAUACGUACGUGGGUAUAAAUUACAAUUGAGUAAGUAUGGGAAAGGAUUGGAAAGAGAUAUUAUAUUUGGAUGGGAAAGAAGGAGAAAGGAAACGUUAUGCGAAAUUGCACGAUCAAUGAGAAGAAAAA